AUGAAGUACUCUGGUAUCGCAGCUUCGGCGACCGCCUUGAUGGUUGGUGUUGCUUCUGCCGCUGUCACUGGUGUUACUGGCAAACCUGAAGGCUUUGCUUCUUCCACUACUGGUGGGGGUGACGCAACUGCUGUUUAUCCCUCCACUACCGAUGAGCUGGUCUCUUAUCUCGGUGAUGAUACUGCUCGUGUCAUUGUGUUGACCAAGACCUUUGACUUCAGUGGUACUGAGGGUACCACUACCAGUUCGGGCUGUGCUCCCUGGGGUACUGGUGCUGGAUGCCAAACUGCCAUCGACAAGCACCAAUGGUGCGAGAACUACGAGCCAGAUGCACCCAAGGUUUCUAGCAUCACCUAUGAUGCUGCCGGUACUCUUGGUAUCACUGUUGCUUCCGACAAGUCAAUUGUCGGGGAUGGAUCUAAGGGUGUCAUCAAAGGCAAGGGUCUACGUAUCGUAAAUGGUGCCACCAAUGUCAUCAUCCAGAAUGUAGCCAUCACCGAUAUCAACCCAGAAUAUGUCUGGGGUGGAGACGCUAUCACCUUGGAUGGUACAGAAAAUGUCUGGAUCGAUCACGUCACUACUUCGAACAUCGCAAGACAGCACAUCGUCCUGGGCACUGAAGCCUCUGGCAACGUCACCAUCUCAAAUUCAUACAUCGAUGGCUCUGGCGAUUACAGCGCCACCUGCGAUGGUCAUCAAUACUGGGCUCUUUACUUCGACGGCUCUGACGACAAAGUAACCUUCAAGAACAACUACAUCUACCAAACCAGCGGUCGCGCCCCCAAAGUCCAGAGUAACACUCUACUUCACGCCGUCAACAACUACUGGAACGACAACAGUGGUCAUGCCUUCGAAAUCGGCAAAGGCGGCUACGUCCUCGCUGAAGGCAAUGUCUUUGAAGAUGUCAAGGCUCCUUUGGAAGCGUCCUCAUAUGCCGGAGAACUGUUCACUGCAGACUCUGGCUCGGCUUGCAGUUCUGCACUUGGUCGUUCUUGCGAAGCUAAUUCUCUGAGUGGUUCUGGCAGUUUUAGUGAGAGUAACACUGAUUUCUUGAGCAAGUUUUCGGGUGCGGUUGUUGCUGCUGCUAAAUCUGCUUCUGGAACGAAGUCUUAUGUCAUUGCUAAUGCUGGUGCUGGGAAGCUUAGUCAGUAA